UAACUAGCUCAAAACUUUGACGUCAUUUCUGCCGUGGUAAGCCGGCCACGUCAACUUGAAGAAAAGUAGUCGACUUUUUCAGAGUAAAGCUGAGAAAAUGGCCACUUUGGCAGAGCAGCCAUGCUACACCCUGAUCAACAUCCCUUCAGAUGCAGAGCCCCCUACUGAGCUACAGCUCAGACAGGAUUUAGAAAAAGGGGACAUAAAGACCAAGACAGAAGCACUGAAAAAGACAAUCCAGCAGAUAUUGAAUGGAGAGAAACUCCCUUCUUUGUUGAUGGCCAUCAUUAGAUUUGUUAUGCCAAUCCAGGAUCACAUGAUCAAGAAAUUAUUGCUCAUCUUCUGGGAGGUAGUCCCUAAAUAUACACCUGAUGGCAAAAUGUUACAUGAGAUGAUUCUUGUCUGUGAUGCCUACAGAAAGGAUUUGCAGCAUCCCAAUGAGUUUAUUCGUGGCUCCACCCUGAGGUUUCUGUGUAAGUUGAAGGAGGGGGAACUGUUAGAACCCCUAAUGCCAGCCAUCAGACAGUGUCUGGAGCAUAGACACUCCUAUGUCAGAAGAAACGCUGUACUGGCCAUCUAUACCAUCUACAGGAACCAUGAUUCCCUGAUCCCAGAUGCACCUGAAUUGAUUGCCAAGUUCUUGGAGGGAGAGCAGGAUAUGUCCUGUAAGAGAAAUGCUUUCAUGAUGUUGAUCCAUGCAGAUCAGGAGAGAGCCCUGAACUACCUGAGUAGCUGUAUUGAUCAGGUCAACUCCUUUGGGGACAUUCUACAACUGGUUAUUGUGGAGCUGAUUUAUAAAGUUUGUCACAAUAAUCCCUCUGAGAGAGCUCGCUUUAUCCGCUGUAUUUAUAACCUCCUUAACUCCCAGAGCCCUGCUGUCCGCUACGAGGCAGCUGGUACCCUAGUCACCUUGUCUAGUGCUCCUACUGCAGUUAAGGCUGCUGCUAGUUGUUACAUUGAACUGAUCAUCAAAGAAAGUGAUAACAAUGUCAAACUGAUUGUAUUGGAUCGAUUAAUUGCACUGAAGGAGGUACCUGCCCAUGAGAAAGUCUUGCAGGACCUUGUGAUGGAUAUUUUGAGAGUCCUUAGUGCCCCAGAUUUAGAAGUAAGGAAAAAGACCUUGACUCUGGCUCUUGACCUUGUGUCCUCAAGGAACAUUGAAGAGAUGGUCCUGGUGCUGAAAAAAGAAGUGGUGAAAACUAACAACGUAGAACAUGAGGACACUGGGAAGUACCGACAGCUGUUGGUCAGAACCCUGCAUCAGUGUAGCAUUAAGUUCCAGGAUAUUGCUACCACCAUUAUCCCAGUGCUGAUAGAGUUCUUAGGAGACCAGAACGAGCUUGCUGCUUUGGAUGUGCUGGUCUUUGUCCGGGAGGCUAUCCAGAGAUUUGAGUCUUUGAGGGGACUGAUCAUCAGUAAGCUACAGGAAGUCUUCCCCUCCAUCAAAGCCAUGAAGAUUCACAGAGCUGCUUUGUGGAUUUUGGGAGAGUACUGUGAAACUAAUGAGGAUAUUCAGAAUGUGAUGACUAUGAUCAGACAAGCACUUGGGGAGAUUCCCAUUGUGGAUGAUGAGAUAAAGAAGGCAGCAGGAGAAGUAGAAGAAGAUGAGAUGCAGUCAGGGGGACAAGUUCAGAAGCUGGUCACAGCUGAUGGAACAUACGCCACGCAGAGUGCAUUUAGCACUGCCUCAUCCUCGGCAAAGAAGGAGGAGAGACCACCAAUGAGGCAGUACAUGAUGGACGGGGACUUCUUUGUGGGAGCUGCCCUGGCUACCACGUUGACAAAGCUGGCUCUGAAGUAUAUUAACAAUACUCCAGACAUGAAAAGGCAAAAUUCCUUAGUGGCCGAAUCUAUGUUGAUCAUGGCAGCCAUUAUCCAUCUUGGAAAGUCUGGAUUGCCAGCAAAGCCAAUAACUGAUGAUGAUGUAGAUAGAAUUGCCACCUGUCUGAGAGUUCUGGCCGAGAGGACCCCACUAAUGGGAGAGAUCUUCAACGUAGACUGUAGACAGUCCCUCUCCAUGAUGCUGGCAGCCAAAAUGGAGGAGGAAAAGGAAUUACAGAAGGCUUCUGAGAAGAGAGCUGUGAAAGUACAAGCUGAUGAUCCUAUAAUGUUUGCACAGCUCGUCAACAAGGCUGAGAUGGGAGCAACUGAGAACAUGUUUGAGCUCACCUUGUCCCAGGCUUUGGGAAUGUCAUCCAAGAAAGAUGCUGAUCCUAUUGGAGCUUCUAAGUUGAACAAGGUGUCUCAGUUGACUGGUUUCUCAGACCCAGUGUAUGCCGAGGCCUACAUCAACGUGAACCAGUUUGACAUAGUACUAGACAUACUGGUCGUUAACCAGACCUCUGACACGUUACAGAAUCUGACUGUAGAGCUGGCAACUCUGGGUGACCUGAAGUUGGUAGAAAAACCCACACCAAUGACCAUGGCACCCCAUGAUUUCUGUAAUAUUAAAGCAAAUGUUAAAGUUGCUUCCACAGAAAAUGGAAUCAUAUUUGGAAAUAUUGUGUACGAUAUCAGUGGAGCAGGAAGUGACCGUAAUUGUGUGGUGCUGAACGACAUCCACAUCGACAUCAUGGAUUACAUCGUCCCUGCCUCCUGCGACGACACAGAAUUCCGACAGAUGUGGGCAGAGUUUGAGUGGGAGAACAAAGUGGCGGUCAAUACCAAUGUCUCAGAUCUUGCCGAGUUCUUACAACACGUCAUCAAGGUGACCAAUAUGAGGUGUCUCACUCCUGAAAAGGCAUUACAAGGGGACUGUGGAUUUAUGGCUGCUAACUUGUAUGCCAAGUCCAUCUUUGGAGAGAAUGUGCUGGCAAAUCUUAGCAUUGAGAAGCCUGCCCACCUGUCUAGAGAUGCUCCAGUUCAAGGUCACAUCCGAAUCAGGGCAAAGAGUCAGGGCAUGGCUUUGAGUAUGGGAGACAAGAUUAAUCUGUCCCAGAAGAGCAUUGCUAAAACCCAAUAGGAGGAGGAUAUGUCUAUUGAAGAUGACAUUAUGAAGUUGUCUUGCUUUGAAUAAAAUAAUUAAUGUUAUAAAAAUAUGUUAAGCUUUUACGAUUUAUGUGUAUGUGAAUAAUUUAUGAAAAAGCUAAACUUUAUAAAUGUAUCAGUUUUGAUUCAUGUACAUGUAUUCGUUAUCUUUUUAUUGCUUGAAAGCUAAACGUUGAAACAUGAUCAUGUUUUUUUUAUAUGCUUAUGGGAUUGAUUCUUGUAAGGCUAAAGCAAGGAUGUAAAUGGAAUUCUCUAUUAUUUGAGAGUAAAAGUGAAGCACUUCAGUGCAAAUUCUGAUCUAUGUUUUGUGGUAGAUGAAACCAUCCUCUUCAAAGAUGCUUUUCUCAUUAAAACCUAGUUUUAUCAGCAA